AACCCAACAUGCGGCAGAUAUGCAGCCGUCUGAUGGUUCUCGGCAUCAAUCAGAGCGAAAAACACCCUGCAAUAGCCUAUUACUUCAGCAAAACUUUGCUGUUAAAUCCAAGAGUGAAGGGCGUCAAAAUCAAAUGCGAGUAGGUCAGAGCUCUAAAAUGGAAGAAUUAAAUAAGCAAGAGAACAUGGAUAGGAGCUAUAUAGGAGCCUCGAAAGACAGUUGUAUCGUCAACGAAUCUCAAGAGAUCCAAACCUCUAGAAGCACCUAUUGCAAGUUAAUAUCCCAACAGAAGAAGCACGAACUUGAAGAAACUCAAUUGUCGAGACGACAAUACAAACGAAUCCAUUUCGCGGAGGCUACUAAGAGUUCCCAGUCGUUAGGAACAAAGCUGUGCCCCACUGAUGCACUAAAUGCUAAGCACAAGUUAAUCACACAAUCGUCGACGACUUGCUACCCUUGCAAACACGAUGAUGACUCAUCCUCAGACCGACCGCUUACAGUUAGAGCUGCAGCUCAGUCAACGCUCGAACAAGAUUUAGAAGAUGCCUUUAACAGCUAUGAAAAUAUGACCGAUGUUAUAAAAAAAGAGGCAUCAUUCGAGAAAAACUCUAACAGCCUAUUCGAUUUUAUGAAAAGUGAAGGUACCCAUAAAGAUUACGACGUCAGUACUCAGGGCCUCUCGGAUUUAUGCAGUUCUCAGAAGACGCUAACCGAGGUGAAACAGGAAAGUAUUUGGGGAAAAGUUCCCGAAAGUCCAACUUGUAAUCAUGAGCGACUGCUUCGUAAGGACGAUUGUCUCGUCGGUUCGUCUGCGCCGUCUACGACAGGGAACAAAUGGGACGUCAUCAAAGAAGAGCCAUUUGACUCAGCUGAAUGGGAGCAUUUGAUGACAAGAACCUGCAAAGCAAAAGCGGUCACUAUAAAGAAGGAGUCACCCAGCCCGAGCGAAGUCAGCCUUUUCGAAGGGAAGCCAGCAGUUGUUAUUCAGACGGAGUUUAUUGAAACAAAUUGUGUCCGGCAUUCAGAAAGAUCCACACUCAAUAAAUGGGAAAGUGUAGGACAAAUGGAGAGACAGAGUGCGUCUGAAGCAACAAGCAGCUGUUCUUUAUUUAGCAAGAGUUCCGCGGCAAAAAACCUGCCAUACCUAUUUCCUAAGUUCGACCGCAAGGGAAGUAUUGUUACGUCGAAACCAGAGACGUAUCGAAGCAGAACUGGCGCCUUGGACGAUGAUGACGGAAAGGGUGGGCAGGCACCUAUCUUAGGUCUCGAUAAGCCGGCCGUGGAGACACCCAACAAACGUAUAAAGCAAGAAUUCCUCGACCAGUUUGAAAAUCGACCGAAAUUUACGCGUCGUCCAAUCCGGCGGAGACGAGUACAUAUCUAAACGAGCAGAGCACCAACAACCCCGUGCGAACCCCCUACCGACCAACCACUGUCAGAUAUAAAUGAUGUAACUGCGAUAACGUAUAAAUAACGUAACAUUUAGAAAAUCCCAGCGGCUUUGGUGUGGCGAAAGCGCUUCUCCUAGCGGGUAAAUCGAUUGAUAACGUUGUCUAAUGCGCCUAUCUACUAUAAAGUGACUGGUACUGAAGGCCAAAAUGAGCAUUACAAGUCACUGCCGUUUUAAGCGUAACUUUUUAGAGUAUCAUAUUAACUAACAGGUAGCACAGUUGCGUGAAGGCAAAGAAAUGCAAAUGUGUUACUUAAAUCUAAGUUUGCUAUCAUGGCUCGAGGUUGCAGUCAAAACAAUGAUGAAAACAAUAUUUGAACUUUUUUUAGUGCUUCUGUUAUUCUUACUAUGUAAAUAAGUCUUCGAAACCAUUCCUUAUUGUAGCAUCAAUGACCCCUCCAAUUAGAAGCUCUUAAGCUAGAGAAACUCGUUGUUUAGCAUGACGUUCCAUGCAUAUAUACAUACGCAUAGAUCCUGUUAAAUCUAAUUAAUGCGUGGAUGAUUCAGAGACAUGUAUACACCCAACUCUUUCAUCUGUGUGCAAUUUUGGCGAUUCCUAUUUGUGUUGUAUUAUUGUAAAAUUGGUUUCCGUUACCCGAGGGGCAAUGAGCUUAUUCCGACAUAUUUUCAUCUCUUGAAAGGAUGGCAGAUCGGUUCAACACCUCCAUUGCACAUGGGAAACUAACUAGAUCAGCUACAUAAUCACAUCUUAUUAUAGAAUCAAUGGUAUCAAGCUAAACGAAUAUCCUAAUAAAUGUCCCAUGACCUAUUCGUCACAAACAAUGUUGCGACCCAAUUCUAAAGAUUCUAUUAAGUGAUUUUGAUUCACGUCAUCACACGGCAAAAGCAUUUUUGAUACGAUCGACCAACUGUAUCUGUCUCGAUGAUCUUGUAAUAUUUCAUCAAGUCCAGAACUGCUGCCUGAAUUUGGAAUGUCAUCGAUGAGAUGUGUCGUUCCCUCGGACUUUUUUUUACUACUAAAAAUCAUGUCAGGUAUUUGAUAACGUCGCUGCGCGCUUACCAGCCAAGUGAAACUAUUUCUGAAAGUAGGUCAGAUCAUACGUAGCGCACGUUUAUCUGAGGGAAGAGCACACUUACCUACGUGUACAAGAUUCUACAAUAUCGUACAAGAAUAUACGUGAUAAGUUAUACGACAAAUAUUCAAUAACCGUAUGGCGUUACGUCCUGGGGAUCGAUGGGAAGAGUCGUAAUAUUUGGUUGAUAGCCAAUAAAGCUGCUCUAUAGGUUU